CCCACACCCUCCGCAUGACCCAGACUCUCCCAGCCUCCUCGCCGCCUCCUCCCAGCAGCCACCCCAGGAGGGUGCUGGGAGACGCCCCGAAUCGGACUCCCACCCGCCCCCAUUAAAAAAAAAAAAGAAAAAAAAAAGAAACGACUCCCGACCUUUCUUGGCCUCCUGGGCCCGCCAAGGAACCGGGAGCCUCAGGCCUCGGGCCGAUCGCUCCGGACUGUGGGGCGUCCCGGCGCGGGGCCAAAGGCGGGGCGGGGGCGGAGGCGGGGGCCUUUAAGAGGCGCGUCCGGCCGGGACCCGACCCAGACGUGAGCAGCGCCUGGAAUCGCCGCCGCCGCCGCCGCCGCCGCCGCCGCCGCCGCGGGACUCGGACAGCCCGCCCGCAGCGCUCCGGGUCCUCCUCCUCUCGCGACCGCGCUCUGCAGCGAUGGACGGAGACGGUGACCCAGAGAGCGUGGGCCAGCCGGAGGAGGCGAGCCCGGAGGAGCAGCCCCAGGAGGCUGGCGCGGAGGAGGCGAGCGGCGGGGAGGAGCGGCCCGAGGACGAGGGGGAGGAGGAGGAGGCCGCGUACCUGGACGAGCUGCCCGAGCCGCUGCUGCUUCGUGUGCUGGCCGAGCUGCCCGCCGCCGAGCUGGUGCAGGCCUGCCGCCUGGUGUGCCUGCGCUGGAAGGAGCUGGUCGACGGCUCUCCCCUGUGGCUGCUCAAGUGCCAGCAAGAGGGUCUGGUACCCGAGGGCGGCCCCGAGGAUGAGCGCGACCACUGGCAGCAGUUCUACUUCCUGAGCAAGAGGCGGCGCAACCUGCUGCGCAACCCGUGCGGGGAAGAGGACUUGGAGGGCUGGUGCGACGUGGAGCACGGUGGGGACGGCUGGAGGGUGGAGGAGCUGCCCGGAGACUGCGGGGUGGAAUUCAGCCACGAUGAGAGUGUCCAGAAGUACUUUGCCUCCUCCUUCGAGUGGUGUCGCAAAGCACAGGUCAUUGACCUGCAGGCUGAGGGCUACUGGGAGGAGCUGCUGGACACCACUCAGCCGGCCAUCAUGGUGAAGGACUGGUACUCGGGCCGCAGAGACGCCGGCUGCCUGUACGAGCUCACGGUGAAGCUACUGUCGGAGCACGAGGACGUGCUGGCCGAGUUCAACAGCGGGCAGGUGGCAGUGCCACAAGACAGCGACGACGUUGGCUGGAUUGAGAUCUCCCACACCUUCACCGACUAUGGGCCGGGCGUCCGCUUCGUCCGCUUCGAGCACGGCGGACAGGACUGCGUCUACUGGAAGGGAUGGUUCGGGGCCCGGGUGACCAACAGCAGCGUGUGGGUGGAGCCCUGAGUGAUCCCUCCUCCAACCUCCCCCAGCUGCCUUGGAGGGCCAGAGGCGCCGGGGUAGAUAGGGCUUAGUCCGUAGCAUCCUGACCUUCCGCACCCGGCGCACUCCUCUCCCGUCCCAUGCUCGAAGACCAGCCCCCUCAGAGGGAAAGAUGGGUUUUGUUGGUAUAUAUUUGCAUCUAGAAAAUAAGAUGGGUGAGGGCGUGGGCCUGCACUGGGCCCGCCGCUGCUGAAUCCCCUGCACCUAACACUGUGCCUGCCACGAAAAUGGGCGCUCAAUAAAUAUUAUUUGUCGGAGGAAGGAAUGAAUGAACACAGGGAUGAA